GUAGGUAGGUUACAGGUGCCAUGCCGGCGCGCGGCGAUGAACUGUCAUUCAAAGCGAGACCAGCUGUAGGCGAAGUCGGAAGUAAAAAAAAUAUUCAGAAAUGGACUUCAGAGAGUCUUCAUAAAGCUAGGGAGGUGUCAUCCUUCGUUUCACUCAGUCCAAACACUUCAACUUUAUAAUUUCAUCGUGACUGCCUGUUUUACAUUGUUGCCGUCAUGCGAGAGAAGAAGCUGUUCACGCCAGGCCCCCUGGGAGUCAGUCUGAGCACCAAGCAAGCCAUGCUGGUGGACCUGGGCUCCCGGGAUUUGGAGUUCAUGGAGGUGGUGAAGUCGAUCCGGUCGCGACUGGUUGAGUUAGCCGGUGUCUCUUCUGAUGACUACACCUGUGUUCCCGUACAAGGUAGCGGCACAUUUGCCAUAGAGGCAGUUCUGUCUUCUACAAUCCCAAGAAUGAAUGCAAAGGUCCUUCUGCUGGAGAAUGGUGCCUACGGUCGACGCAUGGGCCAGAUCCUCAAGGUGCUGGGCGUGGACUACAAGAUCUUGACCUUCCUGGAGAGCGAGAAGGUAGACGGUCAUUCCGUGGAAGAGGUCUUGCGAGGGCAGCCCUGGACCAAUGUGGCCGUGGUACACUGCGAGACCAGCUCGGGGGUCAUCAACCCCAUCGGAGAGAUCGGACAACUGGUGAAGGAAUACGCGCCAGAUGCCAGCUACUUCGUUGAUGCCAUGAGCAGCUUCGGCGCAGAGGACAUCAACAUCAAAGCCAGCAAUAUUGACUUCCUGGUCAGCUCGGCCAACAAGUGCCUGGAGGGCGUGCCGGGGUUCUCCUACGCCAUCUGCAAAAAGGACAAGCUGGUCAAGUGCAAAGGCUGGUCGAGGAGUCUCUCUCUGGACUUGGUGAGUCAGUGGGAGACACUGGAGCAAACCGGUCAGUUCCGGUUCACUCCGCCCACCCACGCCAUGCUAGCCUUCAAACAGGCACUGACCGAGUUGGAAGAGGAGGGCGGUGUGGCUCAACGAAGAACAAGAUACAAGGAGAACAAUCGCAUCAUCUGUGAAGGAAUGAAGGCUCUUGGCUUCAAGACACUGUUGGAUAACACCCACGAAGGCUUCAUCAUAACAUCAUUCCACUACCCGCAACAUCCAAAUUUCAACUUCAAAGAUUUCUACACAAGACUGCAAGAGAAAGCAGGGGUUUUAGGAGCAGUUUGCAAUGAGAUGCCAUCUUGAAUCUGCAAGCACGAUGACCUAGUGAGUGGCAGACACAGGGAACUCAAGGCCGUGUUCUUGGACCCUGCGGAGUUUCCAAUUUCCACAGGCAGUCAAAUCCAAGCCACGCUGGACUUCUUUUCAGUCACAAGAUAGAGAUGGGUACAUCAGACCAGCUUUUCAUAGCUGACAGGAUAACGAGGUUCUUAACUUUUAAUGGAUUGCAUCAAGGAGACAUAAAUUAAUAUUUGGGUGCGCCCUUCACUGACAUAAUUAGUAAGCCCAAGCUGAGAGCUUGUGAGAAUACAACUUCAUUGAGGCUAGCUUGGAUGAAAUUUGAAAAAGUGGGGUUUGAAUCCUGUAUGAGCAAUUAUGAGUCACUUUAUUUCACAAGCCAACCGACGGUGCAGAGUAUUAACCAGAGUUGUAAUCGAGUUAGUUACUAGUCACCACAAGUCGGCCACAUGUCAUUCUGUCCCAACUCAACUGGCUGGCCAUUGAAAUCAGCUGUGACAAAAAUCAUUCCUUUGUCAUUGUUCAUUUCCCUUUAGGUCUGACCUGGCUUGUGAACCAACUUGUGACUUGACUUGUGGGCAGACUUCUGACCGACCUUUGACUUGACUUUUUGGCAGACUUCCAGUUGACCUUUGAUUUGACGUGUGGGCAGACUUCAGACUGACAUUUGACUUGAUGUGUGGGCAAAUUUCUGACUGACACUUGACUUGUUGACAGACUUCUGACCGACAUUUGACUUGAUUUGUGGGCAGACUGCUGACCGACAUUUGACUUGACUUGUGGGCAGACUUCUGACCGACAUUUGACUUGACUUGUGGGCAGACAUCCAACCAACCUUUGAUUUGACUUGUGGGCAGACUUGUGACUGACGUUUGACUGACUCUGGUAUAAAUAUCUUGAUCUGUAGUACUUCAGAACCCUUCAGUAUUUGCCACGUUGCUCCAGUAUGGACUGCACUGCAGUUCUUGGACACUUCAAAACUUUCUCAUUGAGAUUUUUCCAUUAUACAUAAAUAAUGAGUUAACUGGACAAAAUGUUCAGCUUUGUCAGUGAUUGGCUAGACCAAAUAUUACAACUUUUUUUACCAUUAUUAAAUUUCAGUUUUGGACACCACCUGGAGUGUAACCUUAAAGAUGCAUGUGCUCCAUCGUCAGAAGUCAUGUAGACUGCUUUCAUUCAAUCUCUCCACAGAUUUUCUCUUUUUUUCCUCCCUGUUUCAAUUGCUUCUAGAUCCUUUGCCGUCUAUCAAGAGUGUGCCAAAAUCUGACGUUACGUGCGUGUCUUUUGUAAAAAAAAAAAAAGGAAAGGUUUUUGCAAAUGGGAUGCGAGGUUGUUGCCCAAAACAUUAAAACAAGCUUUAACCUGCUGUGGUCUCAAAGGGUCCAUGCAAUGAAUGUUUCUUCGACACACUUUCUGCACAACCGAUGUACAUCUCUUCAAUGCGUGAAAAAUCUAUAUGACACCCCUUUUGCAUAAGUGUGUCGAAAAGUACACUUUUUCAAACAUUUAAAAUUGUCUAUGCUUUUCGAGACAAUGGAGGGCACUGUUGCUGUGAUGUCAUUUGUGGUUGCUGUAAAGCUUAUCUUUAACUUACCAAGGUGUAUGCAAGAAAUGCACAGCUUUGUUCAUGCAAGUAAAGAAAUACUUGGUCAGCUACGAGAGAACAUCUAAAAUUUGAUACCUGAUUGUAAUGAGAAGAUGAAAACAUUUUCAAACUGGCAAGCAAAGCUAAUUAAAAAAUUUGUUGAUGAAGUCUUUAUCACCGUGAAGAACCUGCCGACGUCAGAGUUGUGUUAGUUCCCGUCCGCCAUGUCUGAAAUAUUCAAUCAGUUGCACAGCCACGGAACGUUCAUGAGUCAUGAGAAGAUAGCACAGCUCCAAGUUAGAUUACUUCCAUGAAGCACUCACACGGCGCAUGGCCAUGCCAUGUGCUCCAUGCAUGGCUUUGCAAUUACCAAGCGUCCUGUUUGUAAGACCCUUCAGAAAUCCUCAAACUCACUACUACAUCACCCUCAAUCGACACAUCAUUCAGAGUCAUUCUUACUCCCAUCCUGCGGCAUCAGUAGUCCAGGUACCUUUCGUCUGUGACCAGUAUCUGAUUUCAGCGACUCCUGUUCUCUCCUCGACGAUUCACACAGAUCAGGUGAUCUACCCGGGCAAAGUGACCAAGACAGACUGCUUCCGUAUCGGCAACAUCGGGCACGUCUUUCCUCGGGACAUGCGCCACC